CGUGCCGCUGCGGAGGGCGGGGCAUGCCGCGGGGACUUCCCCUAGGUUGAGCUUCGCAGCGGGAUUUUGGCCAAAUUGGGCGAGGGUACAAUAUUACCACUUACCCCUUCUCACCGAGGAAGAGCGGGAGAAAGGGCUAAUUGUCUGCCUGUUGUCUUUGCGCACCUCGGUAUGGCACAGUCCCAAGGCUGGUUGAGAAGAUGCUUGAAGGUCUUUUGCAAAGGCUUCUUCGUGGCGGUGCCUGUGGCAGUCACUUUCUUGGAUCGGGUGGCAUGCGUGGCCCGAGUGGAAGGAGCGUCUAUGCAGCCUUCUUUGAAUCCUGGGGGAAGCCAGUCCUCAGAUGUGGUACUUUUGAACCACUGGAAAGUGAGAAAUUUUGAAGUACAGCGUGGUGACAUUGUGUCAUUGGUGUCUCCUAAAAACCCAGAACAGAAAAUCAUUAAGAGAGUGAUCGCUCUUGAAGGAGAUAUUGUAAGAACCAUUGGACACAAGAACCGGCUGGUCAAAGUCCCCCGUGGUCACAUGUGGGUUGAAGGAGAUCAUCAUGGACACAGUUUUGAUAGUAAUUCUUUUGGACCGGUUUCGCUGGGACUCCUGCAUGCCCAUGCCACACAUAUUUUGUGGCCUCCUGAGCGCUGGCAGAGACUGGAAUCUAUUCUUCCUCCCGAACGCUCUCCACUCCAUACUGGUGAGAAGUAACUGCACAAGAGCCCACCAUAGGAAGAGCUGAAGCACCAGAAGCCUCCUCCAGAAGGGAGGUGUUCUGGGGGUGCUGAGCAAGAGCCCUCUGUCUGUCUUGAAGAUUGUCUGGAAUUUUAGAGAAAGAUUUUCCAUAUUAAACAGCAUUACAUGA